AUGAAUAAAUCCUUGUCCGAGUCAAACUUGAACGACCAGAUUACGGCAGGCGAACAAAAUAUCACCCCCCCGAACUUUGUUUUUACACGUGCUGCUAAAAAGAGGAAAGAACAGGACAGUCCUACUAAUCUGAUGGAGCUUCCAUACAGCGCUACAGAAAAUGAUUUCCACGCGUUUGUUAAUGAAAUGAGAGGUAUGUUUAACAACUUACUUGCUGCCCAGCGACAGGAAUUUGACAACAUAAAUCCUACAUUAAAGAGUAUUCAAGAAACCAACGCAAAAAUCGAGGCAUCUAUUGAAUACCUACACAUAGAGAACACAGAACUAAAAAAGAAAAUUAAGAACUUAGAACAGCAGAAAAAAGAAGAUGCGAAAUACAUUGUCUCACUUGAAGAGAAGUUAGAAAAUGUACAGAAAGGAUACAGGAAGGCUAAUUUUGAAAUUAAAAAUGUUCCAAAAGUAGAAAAAGAGACAAAAGAAGACUUGAUAAAAUUGACUACUUGUCUAUCCAAUACCGUUGGUGUAAACAUAACUAAAUCUGACAUUAAAGAUAUAUACAGAGUUCGCGGAAGAAAAGAGAAUAUCUCAAAUGCACCUAUUGUUGUAGAAAUGGCUUCAACUCUACUCAAGAUGGAUAUUUUAAAGAACUGUAAGGCCUAUAACAAAAGGAACACGACAAAGCUUUGUGCGAAACAUCUAGGAUGUGCUGUAAAUAAAGAGACCCCCAUCUACGUCUCCGAACAGCUUACACCCAAGGCCUCACGGUUAUAUUUCCUUGCGCGAGAUUUAGUUAAAUCAACAUCUUUUACCUUUUGUUGGACUGCCUACGGAAAUGUAUAUGUCAGAAAGGAUGAAAAUUCUUCAAUAAUAGCAAUCAUUAAUGAAACUCAAAUCCAAAAGCUUUAUAACUCUGACUGA